AUGGGUGGCGACGACCAAGUGGGGAUCCUGCAAGGGAACGCGGCACAUGACUUGGCAGCGGAGCAAGGCGCGGAAGAAGAUGAGGAGCACCCGGGGCUGCAGGUCGAGGAGGCCGAUGAAGGAAAUGACGGCGACGACCAGGCAACGGGAACGGGUGAGGCUGAACCCGCGCAAGCAGACGAGAGCGCUGGCGCGAGCCAGGCGGCAGCCGAAGAAUCGAGGGCCGCGGCGUGGGAAGCGCGCGACCGAGACGUCAGCCGUGGGGAAGAGCUGCGCGCGGAAGGCUCACUGCGCCAGGAGCGAGUGACGCCAGCCGACGGUGCUCGAGCUGCACUGGCGCAGAGGCUGCAUCAUGAUGGCAAGUGGAGGGCAGAGCAGUCGCGCACGCCGGAGAAGGAUCCGCACCAUGGGGAAUGGCGCGUAGGCGACUUUCGCCCGCAUGGUAGGCGACAGGAGCAGGACGGCUGGAGCGGCGGCGGCGUGCGUUUGCCAGAACAGCAGCAAGCGCGCGGUGGCAGAAGGAAGGAUGAGUCGCGCUCACCUGAGCCGCUCGGGCGCCAGGAAGGAAGGCACGGGGAGGAGCGGGGGUCACAAGAGCGCCCCGCGGGUCCCGCUCGCCCGAGUGGCGCCGCCCGCGGAGGGAGAAGUACGGAAAAGAAAGGCACUCGCCAGAGCGCCACCAGCAGCGCAGCAGGAGGGAAGGCACCUGGUCACCGUCACCAGAGAGGCGGCAGCAGCGCGACAUCAGGAGGUGGGGAGGGCGGAGGACGCACGACCCGCCCACGCAGCAAUGGGGACGGGCGGAAGAGUGGGCAGGGCCGAGGGAAAGGCGCCGCGGGGCGGAAGGGAGCCGCCAAGAGAGCAGAGCGGAGGGCGUAA